CAAGCAUAUAACAAGACGUCCAAACGAUCAAAUGUGUAUCAGUCUUCGCGAUGAGCUUGAGUCAGCUAGACGCAUCGACUUAAGAACACUGAUAAUUAUCAGAUCCUUUUUUACGAAUUUGCAAAAUAAACGUCAAACAAUCAUGAACGUCACUAGUGUUAUAUUCACAUCCUUCUUAACAAUCGUGAUAAGUGUCUCUUGCGUUCUUAGUGACACGUGUCCCGUGUAUUUAACCCUUUCAUCGCUAUCAAGGCAUAUUGAAAAUGCUUCAGUGGUAAUUAACUGGGGUCCGGAUUGUGAAACUCCGCCAGACUGGAUAGGUUUGUACACGGUAAAUCCAGUAGUAACCGACGUACUUCCCAUAGUCAAAGUAAUCGUCAGUGGCCAAACGUCUGGAAAUAUUGUCAGUGAUCAAAAAUUUGGGAAGCAAAAAUUACCGGGAGGAUGGAAUUUCAAUGAAGUCCUGAGACACAUACCCAAACGUCGAUCAAAGCCUCUCUGUUUCGGAUUUUAUUUAGUUAGUUAUGAUAAAAGAAACGAACUGCAAUCAUUCGAUUGCAUUAAAAUACAGCCCAGUUGGAUGUUUACGGAGGCCAAUAUUGGAAAUGUUUCACUGAAAAACCUCUUUCUUCCCGGCACUCAUUGCUCAGCAUGCUAUCAAACAAAAUCGAACGUAAACAAUAUUUUCCUGAAGCGUGUUGGAUUCCGGCAGGAUCUAGAUAUUUGGACACAACUAGUUUUCGGUAUUCGUUAUCUGGAUUUUUCCGUUGGUUUUCAUCCGUCGCACAAUGGAUCUCGUAACUUCUGGGUAAUGAACGAGAGUUAUCGAGUGGGACCAAUCAAUCCCAUUUUACAAGAUAUACGCCGUUUUGUUAUCAUCUCAGAGGAAACUAUUUUUCUGGACUUCCGACGCUUUCCUCUAGGAUUCCACAACCAUCCCGAACAACACCUCUUAUUUCUGCAGGUUCUGGAACAAGAAUUGGGUGAUCUGAUCUAUCGCCGACCCUAUUUCGGCAGCCAGGAAGAUGAUGAAAACGAAUCUUAUCAUCUUACGAUCUCUCAGAUGCGUCAAGAAGGGAAGUACGUUCUUGUCACGUAUAACCAUGCGGCUAGCUUGAGUGAGUCUGAUCUUAUAUGGGCACCAUGGAAGAAACACUCCAGCUCGUUUUUGAAACACACUGAACUAGGAGAAUUCAUGAAGAAUCUCUUCUCUCAGAAACAUCCGGAUGCACCGAAGGACAUUGGAUGGGGUUUCUAUGGCGUUCAGGGAUUGCAAAGCAGCUAUGAUCCUGACGAAACAUAUCGGCUGCCAAAAGAGCGCGCUAAUCUAAUUAACCCGAAGCUUAUGACCAUGCUUGGUGGACCCUGGAGCCUACGAGCUAAUGCAGUGUUACUAGACUUUUUCACCAACACAAACCUCGUUGAUAUGGCAGUACACACUAAUCGGUACAAAACACUCAAGAGCAUGAGCAACGAAGCAGUUGUUUUGGAUAUACAAUAGUAAAAAGAGGUUACUGACUCGUACGGUUUUACAGUUUUUUGUAUGAUUAGUCAAAUAAUCUAACUCCUUUAUUGUUUCAUUCUAUCAGAGACAACUAUUACGCAGUUCAAUUUUUCGUUAACUUUAAAUUUGUUAAAUUUGUUAUCAACGUUGUAAUUCGAUUGGAAGAUAAAAUUAUUGUUUGUGUAAAAUACCGUCGAUCCAGAAGUUUAAAUUACUAGUAACUGCUAUCGAUACCAACACGUAUGACAUAGCAAUAAACACGACUAAAGAACCACAUUCCAAUCGAGGACGUCUAGGUUAUACACUCAUAUCACGCCAGCACAGACUUUAUACUCUGUCCUGCCAAUAUUAGUUAGAUUCAACUUGCGUUGUUGUUAGAACCUCAGACAAACUCGGCAUUGAAAUACACGCAAACAUUCAUUCCACACUGCCGAUGACGCAUAACCAAUUAUCAAUUGCAUGUUUCGUCUGUUAGAAUUGAGGUAUAAAAGAAUAAUAAUAAAUAUAACUAUCAAAUUUAUUAUUGAGCCAAAAGCUAUUAUUAUAAACAAAAAAAGGGGGAGAUAUAUUUGUGGCACAAAAUGUGUUUUCAGAGCAAUUAUGCAACAUAAAAUUUUGUUUUCUAAGACCAGCAUUGUAAAUUAAUACCAUCUGGAAAACAUAAUGAGUUUAAUUUUAUAAAUACUUUACUCUACUUAAAAGAAUUUAAAAACUAACAAAUCGAGAAGAAAAGGUUAAAACAGUAGAAUACCUUAACCUUCUCUUCUCGAUUUUCUUUGUUUUUAAAUUGUUGUAAUGAAAAUAAAAUCGCGUUGAUAAAUAUGCCAAGAAUGCCGUUUGUAGCGGUAGCGGACACGGCAGCACUCGACAAUCAGUCAGUAAUUGAAGGUCGAGCCGCAAAACCAAACGAUGGAAUGUUGAAGCUCUAUGAUACUACACUGUCUGGUGAAAACACAAUAUUAUAUCACUGACAUCAACGAAAUAUAUAAAUCAGCGAACAUAUCGUCGGUUUCGUGCAACACUGGCACAACUCAAAAACCAUAGUUUCAAGAAAAACGCGUUCAAUAAAUUUACGUCGACAAUUUA